CAUCUUAUUAUUUGCUCAUAAGUUUUUGGGGAAAUGGGUGUAACGAUUACCCUUUGCUUCUCUUCUCAUUACCCUUCGCUUCUACCUGUAGGAAGGAGAACAAUGAGAAUCUGAGAAGAGGUUUUUCCUUCUAAGAAACUUGUUUUUCCUCCGAAUUUGGUUCUUUUCAAUCAUGGGUUUCUAUCACAUUGCGAUUCCGAACGUCCGCCACACAAAACAAGGUUCUGGGUUCUUUGAUUUUCGCUUUAUAUAAUCUGGGUACCCUUACAUUCUUCACCUUUCUUUCGCAAUUUCUCUGUAAUGGGUUGUGUUAUUGGAAAGUGUUGCACUUCCAGUCGCUACCCGCCGUCUUCCGACGGCGAUAUCACCCAAUUUGGUGAUGCCCCGCCGUGUAGUUUACAUGGAAAACAUAUACUAACGGGAAGGUCAUUGGAGUCUGUUCGUGUGCCUUCUCACAACUACAAUUUGGAGUAUUCGCUUCUGACCCAACGCGGCUACUACCCUGAUUCCCCUGAUAAAGAAAACCAAGAUAGUUUCUGUGUUAGUACACAAAUUCGAGGUAACCCGAAUAUUCAUAUCUUCGGUGUAUUUGAUGGUCAUGGUCAAUAUGGAAUGCAGUGCUCGAAUUUCGUUAAGGAUAGGGUUGUGCAAUUACUGUGUAAUGAUUCAAGAUUGUUGGAAGAUCCUGUUAAAGCUUACAAUUCGGCAUUUUUGACUGCCAAUGAUGAAUUGCAUAAUAGUGAGAUUGAUGAUUCCAUGAGUGGUACAACAGCUAUUACUGUUCUUGUCCUUGGGAAUACCCUUUACGUUGCGAAUGUGGGUGAUUCGAGGGCAGUAAUGGCUGUUAAAGAUGGGAAUCGAAUUGUGGCUGAGGACAUGUCUCAUGAUCAAACACCAUUUAGGAAGGAUGAGUGUGAGAGAGUAAAGCUUGCUGGGGCUAGGGUUUUGACCAUUGAUCAAAUUGAGGGGCUUAGAGAUCCGGAUAUUCAAGUAUGGGGUGAUGAGGAGAGUGAGGGAAAUGAUCCUCCUCGAUUGUGGUUUCCUAAUAGUUUGUAUCCUGGUACUGCGUUUACGCGGAGUGUAGGAGACAGUACAGCGGAGAAGAUUGGUGUCACUGCUGUCCCUGAGGUUUCAGUUGUUCAGCUGACUCCAAACCAUCUUUUCUUUGUCGUUGCAAGCGAUGGAGUUUUCGAGUUCCUUACAAGUCAAGCUGUUGUUGAUAUGGCUGCAAGGUAUACUGAUCCACGGGAUGCCUGCUCUGCUAUUGCUGGAGAAUCAUAUAAGCUAUGGUUGGAGCAUGAAAACCGGACAGAUGAUAUAACAAUCAUCAUUGUUCACAUCAAAGGCCUCUCUAAUUCAGGUGGUGUUGGAACCGUCGGGCUGAAUGGGGUCCGUAUAAGGCAUUCAAAUUCAGAGCGGGGAACUUCUGAGAUAUCAGCUACCACUGGAAGUUCAGAGGCCUUUCGCUCUUUCAGAAGUGAUUUCUCAGAUCUGCACAGCUCUCAGCAUGUGGGUUUGAUGAACAGGAGCACAGCCAUUGUCGUUCCAUCUCCUGCGCAGCACCGACCAUUAGAAGUGGAAGUGGGCUAAUGGGCGGGGGGCAUGCCUUCCCCUCGCUGCUGAAAAAUUUGUUCAUUUCACUUGUAAUGAAGCUCUUUUACCGUCAACGUUGCUAGUAACAGUCCUAACCGCAAGAGUAUGUAUGUCCAAGGAAAAACAUAAUGCUCUCCCUCUAUCUUAGAAUUGCUCCAAGCUAAUUCUAACGAAAUUAUGAAAGCAGACAACUGAAAUAAAAUUAUCGUAUACUCAGAAAAGGUUGACAACGUGCAUGAUUGCAGAUAGGCAAUAUGAGAAAUCAACGACGUUUUCCAUCAAACGCAAUUCACAGAGAAGGAAAUUGCAUUGUUGGUGGUGGUUUGGUUUCUUAGAUGAGUAUCUCUUUGGUGGUUUGUGAAGGCCUUCAUCUGAAUUUAGUUGCAAUUGGUAUAUAUGAUGAUAUUGUACAGAGAUUAUUGACUGCAUUCUGCUAAUAACACAACUUUACAGUGUUGUACA